UUGCGGCUUGUAUAAACAGAAUUGGUGACUCUCUUCCUGUGUUUUUUCUAAAAGGACUUGGAGUUCCAUGGCGUGAUGAGGUUCUACUUUCAGGACCGGGUCGCCGGUAACUUUGCUACCAAGUGCAUCAGAGUCUCCAGCACAGCAACAACGCAGGACGUCAUUGAAACGUUAGCAGAGAAGUUCAGACCAGACAUGAGGAUGCUGUCCUCACCAAAAUACUCCUUGUACGAGGUCCAUGUCAGUGGCGAAGAGCGUCAGCUGGACCUGGACGAGAAGCCUCUUGUUGUGCAGCUGAACUGGAACAAAGACGACAGAGAAGGACGAUUUGUCCUGAAGAAUGAGAACGACAUCCUGCCCAAGAAGAGUCAGAGUAACGGGCCUGAAAAGGAGAAGGACGGCGUGAUACAGAACUUCAAGAGGACUCUGUCCAAGAAGGAGAAGAAAAAGGAAAAGAAGAGGGAGAAGGAAUUCGCCCGAAUCCCUGAUGGAGACGAUCAGACACUGAGUCGCGAGGACGGAGAAAAUCUGGCAGCAGAGGUUUAUAAAGACAUGCCAGAAACCAGCUUUACCAGGACGAUCUCCAACCCAGAGGUGGUGAUGAAGAGAAGACGCCAGCAGAAACUGGAGAAACGCAUGCAGGAGUUUAUGAGCAGCGAUGGGAGGCCAGACUCAGGAGGCACUUUGAGGAUAUACGCUGACAGUCUGAAGCCCAAUAUCCCGUAUAAAACCAUCCUCCUCUCCACGAGAGACACAGCUGACUUUGCUGUGGUGGAGGCUCUGGAGAAGUAUGGACUAGAGAAGGAGAACCCCAAAGAGUACUGCAUUGCUCGGCAAGAUGAUAAGUCGGGCAAGGAGGUGAUUCUGGACGAUAAUGAGUGUCCACUGCAGAUCUUCAGGGACUGGCCUGCUGAUAGAGGGGCAUUAGUGUUCCAGUUGAAGAAGAGACCCCCGGACUACCAGGGGAGGAAGGGAAGGAAAGUGGAUGACAAGGGCCUCAGAGGGAAGGACAGCUCGCUGCCUCCUGAGAAACUGCCUUAUCUAGUGGAGUUGAGCCCAGGGCGAGGGAAUCACUAUGCCUACUACGCCUAUCGGCACCACGAAGACGGCUCAGACUCUCGGGACAAACCCAAGCUGUAUCGGCUUCAGCACAGCAUCACUGAGGUCGGCUCAGACUGCACAGACGACGGAGCCAUCCAGCUGCUUGGUCCGGGGAUUCUGCCCCACCACUGCAACCUCAUGCACAGCGAAGGCAUGGUGACGGUGACGCCGCACGGCCCUGACGCAGACACGUUUGUAGACGGGCAGCGCAUUAUCGAGACGACGGUGUUGCGUUCUGGCUCUACCAUCCAGUUCGGUUCUGCUCACGUCUUCAAAUUCGUGGACCCGAUGUUCGACCAGGGAGGGAAGAGAGAACCGGCCAUGCCGAGAGGCAGACACAAGUCUGGCAGCGUACCAGAAACCACCUUCGACCUUCACGGAGACAUCCACAGUGGAGGAGCCCUGCCUACCAGCAAGAGCUCAGGAAAGCUGGACAUGGAGAGAGGAAUGGUCAAACCCAUGAUCAGAGGAGAGCAGCAGGACAGCAGGUCUCAGGAUAUUUCAGCAGACAGAACAGAGCUGACUCUUCCAGCCAGCAUCGAGUUCAGAGACAACUCUGAAGACACCUUCCUCUCUGCCAUCAUCAACUACACCAACAGCUCCACGGUUCACUUCAAACUCUCGCCCACGUACGUCCUGUACAUGGCCUGCCGCUACGUCUUGUCGCCCACGUACCGGCCCGACAUGUCGCCGUCAGAGAGGACGCACAAGGUCAUCGCCAUCGUCAACAAGAUGGUGAGCAUGAUGGAAGGAGUCAUCCAGGAGAUUGCUGAAGGGGAUCAGAAGCAGAAGAACAUCGCGGGAGCACUGGCUUUCUGGAUGGCCAAUGCCUCCGAGCUGCUCAAUUUCAUUAAACAGGACCGAGACCUGAGUCGCAUCACGCUGGACGCCCAGGACAUCCUCGCCCAUCUGGUCCAGAUGGCCUUCAAGUACCUGGUCCACUGUCUCCAGGCCGAUCUGAACAACUACAUGCCUGCCUUCCUCGAUGACCCCGAGGAGCAUAAUCCACAGAGACCAAAGAUCGAGGACGUUCUGCACACACUGACGGGGGCGAUGUCGUUACUGCGGCGGUGUCGGGUCAAUGCCGCUCUCACCAUCCAGCUCUUCUCGCAGCUCUUCCACUUCAUCAACAUGUGGCUGUUCAACAAGCUGGUGACAGAUACCGGCUCGGGGCUGUGCUGUCACUACUGGGGCGCCAUCCUCCGGCAGCAGCUGAGCCACAUCGAGGCCUGGGCUGAGAAGCAGGGUCUGGAGCUCGCUGCUGACUGCCACCUCAGCCGAAUCGUACAGGCCACCACCCUGCUGACCAUGGAUAAAUACUCCAUGCAGGAUGUGCAGACCAUCAAUAACACUUGCUUCAAGCUCAACUCCCUGCAACUUCACGCCCUCAUGACCAACUACCACUGUGCCCCCGAUGAGCCGUACAUCCCACCUGAGCUGAUAGACCACGUGGUGGCAGUGGCGGAAAACACAGCAGAUGAGCUGGCAAGGAGUGACGGCAGAGAGGUUCAGCUCGAGGAGGAUCCAGACCUCCAGCUGCCCUUUCUCCUUCCUGAGGAUGGCUACUCCUGCGACGUGGUGCGCAGCCUCCCCAAUGGCCUGCAGGACUUCCUGGAGCCUCUCCUGCAAAGAGGUUUUUGUAGGUUAACGCCACAUCCACGUUCGCCCGGCACCUGGACCGUCCACUUCGAAGGAGCUGACUGCGACAGCCACUUCUCCGCUGCUGACAACUCUGAAAUGCCAAUGAGGAAAGAGCCGGAGGUUGUCACAGUAACCCUGAAGAAGCACAACGGCAUGGGCCUCAGCAUCGUGGCCGCCAAGGGUGCUGGUCAGGAGAAGCUGGGCAUCUACAUCAAGUCUGUUGUCAAAGGCGGAGCAGCUGAUAUGGAUGGUCGUUUGGCGGCAGGUGACCAGUUGUUGAGUGUUGAUGGGCGGAGUCUAGUCGGCCUAUCGCAAGAGAGGGCGGCAGAGCUGAUGACGAGGACGGGCUCAGUCGUCACUCUGGAAGUCGCCAAGCAGGGAGCCAUUUACCACGGACUGGCCACCCUCCUCAACCAGCCGAGCCCAAUGAUGGCAAGAGCGUCAGACCGAGGCCGUGAGAAGAACGGGAAAAUGCGACCAAAGAGUGAAGGCUUCGAGCUCUACAACAGCUCGGUGCAGAACGGCUCUCCAGAGAGCCCGCAGCCCGGCUGGGACUCUUACCCCGAGCCAAAGAAGAUGAGCGGAGAAGACCGGCUCCUGAAGAACCGAGCCGACCACCGCUCCAGCCCCAACGUAGCCAAUCAGAGCCAGAGUCCUGCAAACAAAUCAGUGUACCCCGGAGGACCUGGCACCAAGAUCACCUCUGUCUCCACCGGGAACCUGUGUGCAGACGAUGAGCCCUCCCCUCCCCGCCCAGAAGCCUACCCCAUCCCAACUCAGACAUAUCCCAGGGAGUACUUCACCAUCCCAGCCUCCAAGAGCCAGGAUCGGGUGGUGGGACCAGGGCAGCAGGGGCCCCCACCACACUGGCAGGGUAUGGAGGACAGAGAUCGCCUCCCCAUGGGCGAUAACAUCCACAACAACAGCAUGCAGCGGAUUAAUCACUCUCAGGAGGACUUGUAUCCACCACCAGGAGGCAUGAGGCCAGAUGAGCGAAUGCAGCCACACUACCAGCACCGGGACCUGGACUACCCACACAGAGAUCUCGAAUACCAGAGAGGUCCACCUGGAGGUCUGGUAGGGCCCGACCUCUGGGCUCCACAGCCGCAGGUGUCCUCCUCCCUGGAGUCAUCAACAUCAAGCCAGGAGCAUCUCAACUUCUCCGCGUCCUCCUCUUCUUCGAACAAGACCCAAAACCAGAAGACCGGCCCGGGCAGAUGGAAGACGCCCAACGCCCCUCACGCCGUGCCGCCGCAUUCGGCACAGCCGCCGUCUCGGUCUGACCUGCCCCCUCCUCCACCUCCACCUCCAGCAGUGUACCCCGAACCCUACGACCCACAGCCGGACCUACCGCUUCCGCCCCCUCCAGCUGCUAUCAAUCCAGUAACGGCUCAGCAAGCUGCUGACCGCAAGAAGAGAGAGGAGCAGCAGCGCUGGUAUGAGAAGGAGAAGGCUCGGCUCGAGGAAGAGAGGGAGAGGAAGAGGAGGGAGCAGGAGAGGAAGUUGGGUCAGAUCCGGGCCAACCCUGUCAUGCCCGUCCAGCCUCACAACGGAGGAGCCAUGCCUCCUCCUCACCACCAGCCCCCUGUGGCCUCCAUGGCUCCACCUCAGCCUUACCACCCCCCACAGCCUCAGCCUCCUCCACCCAGACCAGAGAAGCUGGCCAGUCUGCCACGGUCUGCUGUACCUCCUCCUGCUAGUGCCUCCAACCCUGCUGGCAUGGAUACAGUGAUCAGGGAGCUGCUUCCACAGCAGCAGCCGCGAACCAUCGAGAGGCGAGACCUGCAGUACAUCACCAUCAGCAAGGAGGAGCUGACGUCCAGCGACAGUCUGUCUCCAGAUCCUUGGAAGAGAGAUGCCCGAGAGAAGGCCGAAAAACAGCAGCAGCUUCACAUCGUGGAUCUGCUGGACAAGGAAAUCCAGGAGCUGCAGGCAAAGCCCGAGCGAACAGCAGAAGAAAACGACCGCCUCAGGAAAUUGAUGCUGGAGUGGCAGUUCCAGAAACGACUGCAGGAGUCCAAGCAGAGCGACGACGAGGAGGACGAGGAGGAUGAUGAAGACGUGGACACCGUGAUGAUCAUGCAGAGGCUGGAGGCCGAGAAGAGAGCCAGGCAGCAGACUGCUGUCCCAGCUAUCUCUGUUCUAGACUUGUUGCAGGACGAGGAGCGGCGGCGUAAGCAGCAGCUGGAGGAGAUUCGUAAGAGGGAGGCAGAGGAGCGGGCGAAGCAGGAGGAGGAGAGGAGGUGGAGGGAGGAGGAGAGAGCCAAGCGGGAGGCCGAGGAGAAGAGGAGACAGGAGGAGGAGUACUACGCUCGCCUGGAGGCCGAGCGGCGCCGGCAGCACGAGGAGGCGGAGAGAAAGCUGCUGACGCCUGACGAGCCGGCCGGUCUGUAUCGGCCCCCGCUUCCACGGGAUUACCAACCCCUCGCCCCCCAAAACCCUACUAACACCCCCCCACCCCCACCACAGAGAAACACGUCCUACCUCAAAACCCAGGUCACCUCCCCCGACAUGCUCUACACCGCCAAGUUUGUCACCUACACGGGCGAUGACGAAGACGAGGAGGACUCCACCAAAGCAGGGAGUGGCGGCGGCGGCCAAUCAGGUCAGGUGAAGCUGUCGGCGACCCGGAAGUCGUACGGCGACCUCCCGGCCUCCGCCUCGCCUAAUCACAGCAAGCCUCAGCCGCCGCCCACUGCGCGCAAGCCCCGCCCUCUUUCUGACGGCAUCUUCCUGUCUGGCUCGUUCCAGCUGCCAGUCAACAACUCCAACAGUACAGCCCCCCCCCUUCCUGCCAAACCGAGCUCCAUGCCCCCAGGAGGCUAUAAAGGAUUUAACUCGUACACUGGAAACUCAUCAGGAGUUGUAGGAACAGGAGAAGUCUACAAGGACCCGAGAGACAAAUGGACGAGGAGUCAAGAGCAGGAGAACUCGAUCCCCAGCGAUGCUCCGGAGAGUCUGACCUUCAAGGAGCGCCAGCGCCUCUUCUCUCAGGGGAAGGAGGUUUCCAACAAGGUCAAGGCUUCUCGCAAACUCAUGGAGCUGGAGAACGAGCUCAACACCAAGCAGUAGACCUGAGCCUUUCACCUCCCAGCGCCACCUUAACGCCGACGCCACCGUGAUAAGGUGCUCCUGGGGGACAAAAACAUCGAGAGAGCCGGCGCUUGCUCCCCCUGACACUGACCGUCGCCGCCCAUUUGUUUUCCCCCCUCUCUCUUUUUGUUUUGACUUAAAUCAUCAAAUAACUGGACCACUCUUUUUUCUUUUUUUUUUUUUUUUUUUUUUUUUUUUUUUUUUUUUUUUUUUUUUUUUUUUUGACGUAGCGAUAUCAGCAGAAGAGAUUUUUAUGGCUUAAAAAUCUGCUUCCCCUUCGUGUUAAAACCUGUUAAAGAUAUAUAAUGAUAAAGCACUGUAAAAAAGUUUUAAUUAUAUCUAGUGAGAGUCCGAGAAUCACAUGACAGAGGGGAUAUAUUUUUGUUUGUAAAUUUUUUUUUUUUUAAUUUUUUUGGGGGAGAGGGGUAGAGAGAGGUUUAUUCUCUUUUUUUUCAUAGCUAAGUGAAAUUUGAACAGUUUUACAGUUUUAUUUUAUGCUCUAUUUUCUGUAUCAUGUUGUUUUUCAAUCUUUUAAUCCCUCCUUGCCAGCAGGAACGCCCACGUUGAGCUCCACACCUUUUUAUUUUAUUUUUUUAUUUUGUUUUUUAAUUAAAUUCUCAGCGAGUGGAAACACUGUUAUUUCAUUCUAUAGCGAGAAAGUGUGGGACAUCUUUUUUUUUUCUUCUUUUUUUUUUUCUGUGAUUUUAUUUUAGAAAAACUCUGAAAAGGUUCUUCAGGAAGGAUCUUUUAAGUGCACAACAUUACUGUAAAUACUCGGGUCCACUCACUCUUUUACUACUGUAGAAAUCUGCCAGGAAACUUUAAAAAAAAAUUUUAAAAAUCUGCAAAACUAAUGUGAUUUAACAGCCCACACCCCAACCCCUCCUCUUCGCUGCCACCAGAGUCACAUUUUUAUAUGUUUCUCCCCUUCCUGACUUCUACUUUUAUUUCCUUUUAACCCGAGUAGUCGUGUGAGAUGAAUUUUUUGCCCUAAAUUCAAGUCGGAAAAAGGAACUUGUUUUGUUCACCCACAAUGUGAUUAAUGUUGGUUUUCACAGUAAUAUUAAUAUUGACAAUAAUAUAACAAAAAGGAAAAAAAAUGCAGCUACUCUUUAAGUGCUUAUUUGCUUUACAGAUAUUUAUUUCAAACCUUGUGGAAAAACUUGCACAACGACUUGUUUUAUUAUUAAAUAUGUAUCUGCAAACUGUUCUGAGAUUACAUUCGGGAACUCUGUGGUGAUAAGAAUAACAAUAAUAUUAAUAAUCUGUGGGUUUUUUCUGCUUUAGAGACAGAGAAGUGUUCUGUUUUUACACCAGCUGUAGUCGGAGGGAGCCAGGUGUUUCACAACAUGACCCAAUUGUACAAAUAUACACAAUGCAACACAACACACAAGUGCAGUCUCAAAAAAUCACUCACCGCCACUGCUGAUGUAGAAAUGAAGCGCACUUCCAACCCCCUCCCCCAAACUUGUGACGUUUCAGAUGUAUCUCUCUCUCCCUCUCCUGCAGUUUGUUUGUUUGACUCCAUCCUGUGUGUAGACUUAUAUAUUUUUUCUCAACAGGAGCCUCUGAUAAGACAUGACGAGAUAAAGACGCUGUUAUAAUAACUGACCUGUAAAAACACUACAAGAUGCUCCCCACACAUACAAACAAACAAACACAGCAACAACACCAACUUCUCCUUUUUAGGUUUCAAAAUGAACUGAAUCAUUUAAAUGGUUUCAUGUUUAGCCUUUUGUAAAUCAUUAAUAAAUACAGAUUUUUCAACA